GAUGAUCAUUUCCGGUGCUGCCGGCCUUGGGCCUACGAGCGAAGAUGGCCGCUACUGAGUCAGAAGAGGUUCCGUCUAUCUCGAAGUUUUUAAUGGACUGUUCGCCGAAGGACAUCGCCUUGAACUGGCUUCAAGCAACAGAUUUGACUAAGGAUGUGUACCAUCAUCUUGCCUAUUUCGUACCAAAGAUUUAUUGUAGAGACUCUAACCCUAAUCCACUGAAUGAAGAAAUGUUAGCUCAGCAUAUUCUUUUGGGACCAAUGGAAUGGUACCUGUGUGGAGAGGAUCCAGCUGUGGGAAUGAUUAAACUUGAAAAGGCAAAUAAGUCAUUACAGCUUUGUGGACGUGUUUUCAAAAUCGGGGAGCCUACCUAUUCUUGCAGGGACUGUGCAGUAGACCCAACCUGUGUGCUGUGCAUGGAAUGCUUCUUGAACAGCGUGCAUAGAGAACAUAGAUAUAGGAUGACAACAUCAGGUGGAGGAGGUUUCUGUGACUGCGGAGACACUGAAGCUUGGAAGCAAGGUCCAUAUUGUCGAAACCAUGAACCUUCUGGCUCUGCGGCACUGGAGGAGGAUCCUCUGGCACAUUUAUCUGAGGACAUGAUUGGACGUGCCUAUAAUAUUUUUGCAAUUGUAUUCAAAUAUGCAGUAGAUAUGCUAACAUGGGUAGAGGAAGAUAGUCUGCCUUCUGGAUUAGAACCCCUGGAAAAGGAAGAUACUUAUUAUUGCAUGUUAUUUAAUGAUGAAGUUCAUACUUACGAGCAAGUGAUUUACACCCUGCAGAAGGCUGUGAACUGUACACAGAAAGAAGCUGUCAGUUUUGCCACCACCGUGGAUAGAGAUGGUCGUAGAUCGGUUCGAUAUGGUGACUUCCAAUAUUGUGAGCAAGCUAAAACAGUAAUAGUGAGGAAUACGAGUCGACAAACCAAGCCACUAAAGGUGCAAGUAAUGCAUUCAUCUGUUGUUGCACAUCAGGCAUUUGCCAUAAAGUUGUUACUUUGGCUGAGUCAGGUGAUUGGCUACUCAGGUGGAUUAAGGCGAAUAUUGUGCCAAGUGGGACUACAGCAAAGACCAGAUGAUGAUCACUCUUCUCUCAUUGAUAAAUUGAUGCUGUGUGACUCAAAACUAUGGAAAGGAGCACGAAAUAUUUAUCACCAGUUAUUUAUGAGCAGUCUUCUGAUGGAUCUGAAGUACAAGAAGCUAUUUGCAGUUCGAUUUGCAAAAAACUAUGAGAGGUUGCAGACUGACUAUGUGAAUGAUGACCACGAGAGAGAGUUCUCAGUUACCGAUCUUUCAGUGCAAAUUUUCACAGUGCCUUCUUUGGCUCGCAUGCUGAUAACAGAAGAAAACCUUAUGACAACCAUAAUUCAAACCUUCAUGGACCACUUGAUGAGACAGCGAGAUUCUCAUGGUAGAUUUCAGUUUGAAAGAUAUACAACCAUGCAAGCCUUCAAAUUCAAGAGGGUGCAAAGCCUCAUUGGUGAUUUGAAGUAUGUACUGGUUAGCAAACCAACAGAGUGGACAGACAAACUAAGAGAAAAAUUUCUGGAAGGCUUUGAGGUCUUUUUGCAGCUUUUAAGAAGCAUGCAGGGAAUGGAUCCAGUAACAAGGCAAGUUGGUCAACACAUAGAGAUGGAACCCGAGUGGGAGGCAGCAUUUACUUUACAGAUGAAACUCACACACAUUAUUUCUAUGAUUCAGGAUUGGUGCGCCUCAGACGAAAGGGUCCUCAUUGAAGCAUACAGGAAGUGUUUGAUUGUUUUAUUGCAGUGUCAGAAUGGGCCUUGUGAUGGUGAACAGCCUAUCACAUUGAAUAUGUGUGGGCAUUCUGUGGAUACGAUACAGUAUCGUGUGUCUCAGCAUCAAGUCAGCAUCCAUUUACCAGUUUCACGUUUGUUUUCAGGUUUGCACGUGCUCUUAAGCAAAACAGAAGUAGCAUACAGGUUUCCAGAAUUGUUGCCUCUGAGUGAGUUGAGCCCACCAAUAUUGAUAGAACAUCCACUUCACUGUAUGGUGCUUUGUGCGCAAGUUCAUGCUGGAAUGUGGAGGAGAAAUGGAUUUUCCUUAGUCAAUCAGAUCUACUAUUAUCACAAUGUAAAAUGCAGAGUUGAAAUGUAUGAUAAAGAUUUAAUAAUGCUUCAGGCAGGAGCAUCCAUGAUGGAUCCCAAUCAUUUUCUAAUGAUCAUGCUUUGUCGAUUUGAGCUCUUCCACAUAUUUAGUAAUCCUGACUAUGGAAAAAGAUUUAGCUCUGAACACACCAACAAGGAUAUCUUGCAGCAAAACAACAUUCUAAUAGAGGAAAUGCUUCACCUGAUCAUGAUGGUAGUUGGAGAGCGAUAUACUGCAGGAGUUGGCCAAGUGUCACCUGACGAUGAAAUCAAACGUGAAAUUAUACAUCAACUAUGUAUAAGACCAAUGUCACAUAGUGAGCUGGUCAAAGCUCUGCCUGAAGACGAGAACAGAGAAACUGGAAUGGAAAAAGUUAUUGAAUCUGUAGCUUAUUUCAAGAAGCCAGGUUUAACAGGAAGAGGCCUUUAUGAGCUAAAACGUGAAUGCGCCAAGGAAUUUAACGUUUUCUUUUACCAUUAUUCAAGGGCUGAUCAAUCUAAGGCUGAAGAAGCUCAGAGAAAGUUAAAGAAGCUGAAUGGAGAAGACACAGCUCUUCCACCUCCUGUAUUUCCACAUUUCUGCCCUCUGUUUGCCAGUCUGGUAAAUAUCCUUCAAUCAGAUGUGUACUUACACAUUCUGAGAACAGUGUUGCAGUGGGUCGUGGAGCCAAAUGGACAUGCUUGGACUGAGAGCAUGUUACAGAGGGUUUUGCACCUGAUUGGAAUGGCUUUACUUGAAGAGAAACAACAAUUAGAAAGUGCGAGUGAAGACAGCGAUUUUACUUUUAACUUCACUUCAAAAGUCUCACGUCCUGGGGAGGCUCCAGAAAACUCACCUAGUAUUUUGGCAAUGCUGGAAACCUUGCAAAAUGCUCCCCAUUUAGAGGUUUAUAAGGACAUGAUCAAGUGGGUACUUAAGCUUUUUGGAGUUAUUCAAAAGAUGAGAGAACGGAGCAAUUCAAACCCUGUCGUAGAGAUGGAAGGGCACAGUGUGGAGGAGUGUUUACGAGAUAAAGACAAAGCAGAUCGAAAGCGGAAAGCUGAAAUUGCUCGUCUGCGUAGAGAGAAGAUAAUGGCCCAGAUGUCAGAAAUGCAGAGGCAUUUUAUAAAUGAAAAUAGGGAAUUAUUUCAACAGACUCUAGAAGAACUAGAAGCUUCAUCUUCUACUACACCCGACAAUAGCCCAAUAGUUCCUGAUGCUGCAUUGAUUGCUUUGGGUCCCAGACAAACAAAGGUUUUUGAAAAGAAGCAAGUUGUGACAUGCAUCUUGUGUCAGGAGGAACAAGAGAUCAAAGUUAAUAACAAAGCAAUGGUUUUGGCAUCAUUUGUUCAAAGGUCAACUGUCUUAUCAAAGAACAGGACAAGAACCAUUCAGGAUCCAGAAAACUAUGACCCAUUGAUCAUGCAGCCAGAUUUGACCUGUGGCACCCAUAUAGGUAGCUGUGGACACAUCAUGCAUGCCCACUGCUGGCAGAGCUACUUUGAUGCAGUUCAAGCAAAAGAACAGCGUAGACAACAGAGAUUAAGGGUGCACACUAGCUAUGAUGUGGAGAAUGGAGAGUUUCUUUGUCCUCUCUGUGAAUGUUUGAGCAAUACAGUAAUUCCUUUGCUUCCUUCAUCUUGGAGCCCACAGAACAGUAACAAUUCAAAAAGCUUUUCGGGCAUUCCUGUUUUAUCUCAAUGGCUGAAGUGUACUUUGCAACAUUUGAAUGUACUGAGAAAAAUCCAGGAUAAGCAGCCAGUAUCUGCAGAUAACCCCUCCAGUGCCAGUCUGGAAGGAAUUGAAGCCCCUGAGGGAUUUAGACCUGACAUAAAGCCGAAGAAUCCUUAUUCAGAUAGCAUCAAGGAGAUGCUGACAACCUUGGCUACAGCAGCAUACAAAGUGGGACUGAAGGUUCAUCCUAAUGAUCAGGACCCACGCGUCCCUAUAAUGUGCUGGGGAAGCUGUGCAUACACGAUUCAAGCAACAGAGCGUUUCCUGGCAGAUGAAGAAAAGCCACUGUUUGGUCAUCUGCCAUGUAGGCAGGAUGACUGUCUGAAGGCAUUAACCCGAUUUGCUGCAUCACACUGGACUGUGAGUUUUCUGUCUGUGGUUCAGCAACACUAUGCCCGACUGUUAGCAGUUCUAAUACCUGACGACGAUGAUAAGACGCAGGUUCCUCCUUCUAUUCUUGAUGUUGAUAUGUUCCAUUUGUUGGUGAGCUUGGUGCUUUCAUUCCCAACUGUGCACUGUCAUGAUUUCACAGGAGUCAGCUUAGCUGUUGGUGUUCUUCAUCUUUUUCAUUUAGUUACCAUGGCACAUAUUGUACAGAUUCUGCUUACAUCUUCAACAGAGGAAAAUAAUAUGGACCAAGAAAGUACUGAUGGGGAAGAAGAAGCUGCUGCCGUUACUUUGUAUGACAAACUCAGGCAAUACUCAGGAAGUGCCUUGAAUUUCUUGGCCUCGGGUUGGCACCUUUGGCAAUAUAUCAAGACUGGAAUUAUGCCCUAUCUACGAUGUUCUGCUUUGUUCUUUCACUAUCUUAAUGGUGUCCCAGUACCAGUUGAAUUGCAAGAGAAUGGACCACACCACUUUGAACUAUUAUGUCGUUAUCUUUCUCUGCCAAUAAACCUAAUGAGUCUUUUCCAGACAAACAGUGAUACUAUUGAGCCAUUGAUGCAAAGGUGGUGUGGAGCUGCAGAAGUGCAGAGCUUUGUGAAAGGGGAGAGAACAGCUGUUAGUUAUCCUAGAGAGUCAAAUAAAUUGAUAGACCUUCCUGAUGAUUACAGCUGCCUUAUAAACCAGGCCUCUUGUUUUAUAUGUCCAAAAUCUGGUGGCGAUAAAAGUCGUGCACCAACUCUUUGCUUGGUGUGUGGAGGAAUGCUUUGUUCUCAGAGCUAUUGCUGUCAGACGGAGCUAGAAGGUGAAGAUGUUGGUGCUUGCACUGCUCAUACCUAUACUUGCGGUUGUGGAGUUGGAAUUUUUUUGCGAGUUCGAGAAAGUCAGGUCCUCUUUCUAGCUGGAAAAACAAAAGGAUGCUUUUAUCCACCACCCUACCUUGAUGAUUAUGGAGAGACAGAUCAAGGACUGAGACGAGGAAACCCCCUUCAUCUGUGCAAAGAACGAUACAGAAAACUACAAAAACUAUGGCAACAGCAUAGCAUUACAGAAGAGAUUGGUCGUGCACAGGAAGCAAAUCAAACACUAGUUGGCAUUGACUGGCAGCACUUGUGAUUUGUUUUCAAUAGAACUGUAGACACUUGGCACAUCUGAAGCAAAAAAAAACUUUCGAGGGAAGUCGGAGGAUCAGGUUAGAUGAAAUACCUCAGGCUACCCUUUUUUGGAAUACUUGUUCCUGAAUUACAGUAACUUCAAAUGUUGCAUAAUUUUUCACCUGUCAUUAAGAAAAUGUGGAUCGCAUGUGAAGUGCAUUAUUUUAGAUGUCAUUUGCUUUAUUUGCACUUAAAGUCUCCUCGACAGUGAAGCAUUUUUGGGUAAUAAAGCCCACAUUUUCAAAAUAGCUGAAUUUUUUUUGAAUCCAAAUUAUUUAUCAGGUUUUGGACUAAUACAAUAUUGACAUCCAAAGUGUGUUUCUGUGCUCUAUAUAGUCAGUGAUGUUUAAUGAACAAUGUCGGGUCAAGUGAGAAAUAGGUUGCUGGACUUCAAAUGGAACUUUAUUUUUAGUUCUUUCUUUCCCUCUUUAUCCUGUUUUCUUUAGUAGGAUAAAUCAAUUUGCACCAAUUUGUGAAUAUGCAUUUUAAGGUGUGCAUCUGCUUUCAGUCAACUUAUCUAAAACUGAGUAUAUGUAAAAGUUCCCUCCAUUGGAAAAAAGUUAGUUGUCACUUCAGUUUAAGAAUCUUACUAUUUAAUAGUUUAUGGAAAAUGUUCUAAAUGCAUUUGAAGGAUCUAUAGAGCUAUUUUAUAACUUGCAUUUUAUAAUUAUUUUAAAAAUAGCCUCAUUAUUGAAGAGGUCACUGAAAUCAGGGUAGUUGAUAGAAAAUUAACAAUUAAUCAUCUUAAGAUACAAUUAUUAGGAAUGAUGGUAGGUGAAGAGAAAAUGGUUCCAUUUUUAAUUCUUUUUAACUUUGUGUAUGUAAAGCAUUCCAUUAAUAAGUAUUUGCUUAUGAGGAAUGGAUGAAGUCUGGUUUACCAGUUAGAGACAACUAGCAACAACUACCAUGUAAGACUCUAAUUCCUUUGUUCUUUUGUUGGAGUAGAUAAUGAAUUAUUUCAGGUAUUGCUUUCUAGAAAACUAUCAGAAUGAAAUAAACUGAAAAUGGGUCAUAUAAAUGGUAUUUUCCUGGCGGGGCGGGGGGGGUUGGAAAGUGGCAGAACAUUCAGCAUACCUUUAAGCAUUUUAUCCCAUCGGUAUCACGAGUACAAGAUUUUAUUACCUGUUAAGAUGGUUUAGUAAAAUGAGGAAAUAGAUUGUGUUAUACCUUUUUUAAAUACUCAUUCAAGCAGACUACAGCAGACCAUGCAUGUGAUAAAAAAUUUAACUUCUAAUUUGCACUUCUAUGCCUUUGUAUACUAGGAUAAAUGAUUUAGCAUGCAAAUAUGCCAUGUGACAUUUUAAUCUAACUUCAUAAUUGUAGAGUUAAAUGGUUAAAAGAUAAGCCAUUAUCAAACAGAGGAAAACCUUCAUGUUCAUAACCACAUCUUAAGUGUUUAUCAGUACUUAAGGUGAUGAGGAACCUGACAAAUUUGUCUCACCCAGAGUGAUAUUUCAUACAACAUACAUCAAAGUUGCUGGUGAACGCAGCAGGCCAAGCAGCAUCUAUAGGAAGAGGCGCAGUCGACGUUUCAGGCCGAGACCCUUCGUCAGGACUUUUUCAUAGUUUUGCUUAAUUAAGUGAAAUUCCUGAGAUGUAGUAAAAUGGGAAGGAGGAAAAAUCAGUAUUGUCUUUUAAUAGGUAAUGCCUGAUGAUCAUGUUUCAGCACAAAAUAUGUGAUUACUCUUCAACAACACUGCUUUGAACCAUCCUAAAAUAAAGAAGACAAAAAUCCAUUCUUGACUGAAAUACAGUGCAAUAAUAAGUAAUUUUGUUUUAAUGAAUAGAGAUUCAGAAAGGUUACAGAAACAUAGAAUCUCAUCUAUUUGAUUUAUUUCGCGAUGCAGUGCAGAGUAAGUCCUCCUAGCCCUUUGGGCCACAUCGUCCCAGCAAUCCCCAAUUAACCCUAACCUCAUCAUGGGAUAAUUUACAAUGGCAAUUUGACCUCCCCAAUACGUCUUUGGUCUGUGGGAGGAAACUGGGAGACCCAGAGAAAGCCCAAGCAUUCCAUGGGGAGAAAAUACAGAGACUCCUUACAGAAUGGCAGUGAAAUCAAACUCCUAACUCUGGAACGCCCCAAGCUGUAAUGGCUAACCACUACACUACCGUGGCACCCAAACUAAGGUUUGCCAAAAUUCAGAAAAUUUGUUUCAGAAAGAUAAUUUGUUUUCCAUCAUAUCUCAAGUAGGUUCUUAUUUAUUUAAUGCAGUAAACUUCAGGCAUGAUGCCUUGAUUGUGUACCUUUCAUUAUCCUUGAUCUUUCCAUCCUGGCUAUCAUUCUUUCAGCAGAUGGAAAUGGAUGAGAAAACCCAUUUAGUUCCUGCACCUCAAAAGAUACUGUUAGAAUAACAGCAAUUGCUUCUAAAGAUUUUUUUUCCAUUUUCUUCCUGACUAAGACUCCAUUUAAUUUCUUGUUGCUCUGACAUCGGAUGUAUUUCCUGUUGGUUUGAUCAUGUAAUCCAAAGUUCUGGAUUUGCAGUUUGGUUUUCUCAUUUAUUAAUACCAAUCAUCUAAUAUACAUUGUCAAUUUUAUUCAAGCUUGAAGAUCUCAAGUAUCUCCAGUCAUUGCUGAGAAAUCAGUCUACGAGUGCUUCCUUCCUUUUAAUUUUCAGUCUUCCCCCUUGCUUUUAAGUCCUGAAGAAGGGUCAAUUUCUAAAGUGUUGUUGCCAUUAUUUUUUUUUUGCCUUACCAUAUAAUUUUAAAGAAGGAACCAUUUUUCAUUUAUUGUUUUGAUUAGUGCCUACCGGAAAAUGGAGGCAUUUAUCAGGCAAGGGUUUUUAUGGCUGCGUUGAUGAAGUUGGAAUAUUUUGCAGUGCUUGAAAUGAAAAUGUGAUUUAAAAUAUUAAACUCCUUAAACCUAAGGAAUGCCACAUUAAUUUGGUGCAUUUUGAGAUUUACUGUAUUAAGUUUUGAGGAUAUUUUUGCCUUUUUUCUUCCUGUAUCAUCAUUGCUUCAUCCAGAGCUGAUUGCCCUUCAAGUAAUGCUUUUUCUCUUGUUGAAGUUGAUCUUAUGCUGCUAAGUAUUCCAGCUUCGCUAAGUCUAUACCGACUGCAAAAAUAUUUGAUUCCAUGUAGUCAGUUACAGGGUGCAGAAAAAAGAUUUAACAGUGACUUCACUAGUAUGUGAAGUAAACAAACUCUGUGUAUGAAGCAGUAGAUGCAAUCUAACUUGCAAUAUUAUAUCUUUUGCAAAUGGACAUAUUCCUAUUUUGAAUGGCAUCAAAGAAUAAAAAUUUUAGUUUCUGAAUAAACAUGAAAUUUCACAGGUGCUGCAAUUUGAAUAUAACAUACAGGGUGACGAACCUAUGACAGGUGUGCCUGAGAUAGCACGCAAAUAAAAUUUUUUUGGCACUCCGCAUGCAGUGCCAGCCCUUAAUUCUUUAAAGCCCAUCCAUAAUAAAAGGAUACAUAAUAACUAUCUUUACUGCUGUAUGAAGCAACAAUGUUUUUUUACGGUCUGAGAGUAGUGAGAUGUUUUCACAGGAAAUGUCUCCCACCAGCUGAGCGCCAGCUAGACAGUUGUGAAGACACGUGACAUUGGAUGAUACGUUUUGAACUCAGUAUGCAUCAGUAUUUGAAUAGUAAAUGAUUUCAACUAUUUAAAAUUGUUAUUUUUCAAUUGUCUUUUUAAAAUAUUAAUCAUUUUAACAGGUUUUCUAAAAUGCUUCAUUUAUUUCAAUCUGUCUCUGUUAUAAUUUUAUUAACAGUAGAACAAUGAAUACAUGUAAAUAGGUAACCUGAAUCAUCGUUUUUUUCCUUUAAGUCCAUAAUUAUUGUUACUAAUUCAUUAAUCAAUGAUAAUCUCUGCUCCAAAUUACCAUAUCACAUGAAGUUUUUAGAAGAUUAUCGCCAAUUUGGGCACACGUUCUCAAAAAGGUUCACCACUCCUGAAAGGAUGUACCUGGUCUUCCAAAAAAUUUGUUUUCAUUUGACUUAAAUGCAGUUUACUGUGAAAGUGAGAUCAUUUUCGUUUGCAUAAUCUUGGCUGAUGCUGAUGUGGAUAUACUGUAGACAAAAAGCCUAACAAAAGCCUGAUAUAGUAAAUUUAAAUGUUUUAAUUUUAAAGUAAUGUACAUAAUUUGCUGAAACAGAAAGCACACCCAUUUCUCCCUUUCACUUGUCCUGUUAAUACCUUAAAUUGACCACAUUCUCAUGUAUUGUGCAAUUUUUGCUCAUGGAAACAUUUAGCAUGCAUUUACAUUCACUGUAGAAAUGUUUAUAAAAACAAAUACUUUAGAUAUUUGGGAGAAUUCUUGUAAUAAAUGGGCUGUUAAUAUAUGUUGAAUUCAUGUAUAAUUGGUACUAUGUACUAUAUGUAAAAAGCUGAAGAUUCAAAUAAAUGCUUUAGGUGUUGAAAAUCUUCGUCUCUCUUCAUAAUGGAUAAACCUUCCAAAUGGGUAUUUGUCUCACAAUAUUUUUGAUCAUUUUUA